AUGGGCGACCAUGAGCACGCCACAAUCAAGCAUCAGGACCAUCUCCUCCUCGAUCAACCCCUCCUCCGCCUCCCGUACGAGCUCCUGCGAAAGAACUUCCGUUCCGCCCACUUCACCGUCGAGAAGGACUCUACAGCCAUUAAGACCCUGCUGAAGGAGACGGCCACGGCCUCGGUCAAGGGCAACUCAUCCCCCGAUGAUGUUCUCCGCAAUCUCGAUAGCAUGAUCGCCCGCAUGCGUGGCGUUAAGCGCAAGCUCACAGCUCACGCCGAGGAAGAAGCUCGUCUGACCCGUCAGACCGGCGCCCGUAUCUCCCAUCUCGGCGAUCUCUACGGCAUGCAUUCCGUUGACGACGUCAAAUAUGAGGCUUGGAGCCGCGCCCGUCUCGACCGCUUGCUCGUCGAUUAUCUGCUUCGCCAUGGCUACAAUGAAAGUGCGCAGGCACUCACAACUGAGCGGAACAUGGGUGAUUUGGUCGACGUUGAGACCUUUGUCCAGAUGAGUCGAAUUCAAGAAUCACUCAGAGGAGGAAGUGUGGUUGAGGCACUGGCUUGGUGCCAGGAUAACAAGAAGGAGCUUCGCAAGAUGGAUAGUAAUCUCGAAUUCAUGCUUCGCUUCCAGCAGUAUAUCGAGCUUGUCCGGACCCAAUCCCAGCCAAAACUCCUGGAGGCCAUCACUCACGCGAAGAAAUACCUCGUCCCUUUCAAGGCGACAUAUCCGGACGAACUUCGCAAGGCUUUUGGUUUACUAGCCUAUCCACCAACGGCUGCCAAUGCCGUGUACUCAGACCUCUACAGCCCCGAACGGUGGAACACCCUCGCCGACCUCUUUACCCGUACUCACAACAGUCUAUUGGCUCUGCCUUCAUAUCCCCUCCUCCACAUCGCUCUCUCCUCGGGGCUUUCAGCCCUCAAGACCCCAGCCUGCCAUUCUCUGAACUCAUCGCAUGUCGCUGCUGACGCCAAUACGGCAACGAAUGCCUCAGCCACAGCAGGCACGCAAUCCGUUUGCCCAAUAUGCUCAACAGAGCUUAACGAUCUUGCCCGCAACGUCCCCUACGCGCAUCACACCAAGAGCUACGUCGAGCACGAUCUGCUGCUACUGCCGAACAGUCGGGCGUACGGCAAGGAGCGCCUCGAGGAUUACGCAAAGAAGUCUGGCUUGCCACCAGACCAGGUCAAGGAUUUGCGCACCGGCGAGGUCUACCCCAUAGACAAGCUUAAGAAAGUGUUCAUCACAUAG